GCUUUUACGAAUCUGGCUCCUGAGAUCGCUCUCGAGAAGAAGAAGCAAGAGUGUGCAGAUUCCAAUUCCCAAACAAUGAACCCCAAUCCAACACCCUCGCCAUACAUCAGGAAUGGUGGUGUUUAAUGUGUAGUGGGAAAUGCAACGUGCUACGCAGACUGCUGAGGAACGUUGGUUAGAAAAAGCGGUGAAGGAAGAAUGCACAUGGGAGAAUCUUCCCAGGCGACUUCAUCCAGUUGUGUCUUCAAAAGAAGAAUGGCACAAAAGGAUAAUCGAAUACUGCAUAAAGAAGAGACUUAAAUGGGAAAUUUGUUUUGCUCGUAAAGUUUGUAAAGAAAAUGAAUAUUAUGAAGAUAUGAUGCGCUACUUGCAGAGGAAUCUAGCUCUAUUUCCAUAUCAUCUGGCGGACUAUGUAUGCCGUGUAAUGAGAGUAACACCUUUCAGAUAUUACAUUGAUAUGAUUUUUGAAGUGAUGAAAAAUGAGCAACCUUAUGACCGCAUCCCGAAUUUUAGUGCUGCAGAUGCUUUAAGACUUACAGGAAUCGGGAGAAAUGAAUUUAUUGAUAUAAUGAACAAGUGCAGGUCUAAGAAAAUAAUGUGGAAACUGAACAAGUCAAUAGCAAAAGACCUUUUGCCUACUCAACCUGUGGAUUUUCCUGUUGAACCGUGGUGGGCAGUUUGCCUUGUGAACCUCACCUUGGAGGAAUUUAAGAAACUCUCGAAGGAGGAAAUGGAGGCAAUAGACAAAGUAUGUUUGGAUGAUGCAAAUUCAUUUGUCACGUUUGACCCUCACGUUAUAAGGGGUCUAUGCAGACGGGGACUAGUAUAUUUUGAUGUUCCUGUUUAUCCACACGACCGGUUUAAAGUUUUAAAGCUUGAAGGUUUUGUUUCCAACAGGGAGCAAACUUAUGAAGAUCCUAUUGAAGAGUUGUUGUAUGCAGUUUUUGUAGUUUCAAAUGAAAAUGUGACAGUUAGUGAGUUGGCAACAACCCUACAGGCUGACUUGUCACAGCUGCAGGCUGCUAGUGCUUUUGUGUGUAGAUUGGGAUGGGCAACAAAAGUGAUUGAUCCAGAAUCUAUUAUUGGAGAUUCAACCAUACUUGCAUCUCCUAUGAGUACAGUUAGUGACGAAGAUGGUUCUGUUGCUAGUCAAAACCAUGAUAAUACGCUUUUCGAGAAUGACUCCAUUCAACAAGCGGAUACCCCAGCUUCAGGGAGCCAUGCAUCUCGUUCUUCCUACACUCGUGUUGCUUUCAUAGUUGAUGCUAAUAUUACAUCCUACCUCAUGAUGGGAUCUGUUUCACCAGGCCUGAAAUCUCAUGCUGUUACACUUUAUGAAGCGGGAAAAUUGGGUCAUGCGAGCAUUGCUGAUCUUUGCAAGGAUCUUAGUACCCUGGAAGGUGCAAGAUAUGAGGGAGAAUUACAGGAGUUUGCAAAUCAUUUAUUUAGUCUGCGUCAUGUCUUAGAAUGUCUUCAAUCAGGUGGAAUAGCUACUGAUGAAGAAGAGGAAGGCUCUGAUAACCUGAACAUGAUUACAUCAAGCAAUGAUGGGCCAAGUUCUGUGAUAGCUGAAAUUUCUUUGGAUGAAAAAUCAGAAGAGUCUGGUGUUUUAGAAACUGUCAUGAGUAAUGAGGAUUUAAUAAAUUCUGUUUCAGGGAAAUUCGUGGAGGCUUUAGUGAACAGUAAAGGUGUUCCUAGUACUAGUACUGACAAGUCACACACAAGUUUCCGUGAGAAUGAGAAACUACCAAUGUUUGAAGCUGACAAGUCACACAUAAAUUUCCAUGAGAAUGAGAAACCAGCAGUGUUUGAAGGUUCAGAUGUCAAGAUAGAAAUGCUGAAAAGGAAAAAGAUAUAUCGUGUGGACCUUCUCCGUUCUGAAAGUUUGGCUUCUCUUUCACCAACUACUCUUGAUCGUUUGUUUCUUCGUGACUAUGGUAUACUUGUGUCCUUAGUGCCUCUGCCCCCUUCAUCAAUUCUUCCUAAACCUACAGGAGGGCCUGUUCAUUUUGGUCCUCCUGCAUAUUCUUCCAUGAGUCCAUGGAUGAAAUUGGUAUUAUAUUCAACUGCUGGUAGUGGGCCUCUAUCAGUUGUUUUGAUGAAAGGCCAAUGUAUGCGGUUGCUUCCUGCUCCGUUGACUGGUUGUGAGAAAGCCCUUAUAUGGUCUUGGGAUGGUUCCGCAAUAGGAGAUUUAGGAAGGAAGCUUGAAGGAAACAUGGUGAAGGGAAGUAUACUUUUGCAUUGCUUAAAUUCACUUCUUAAACAGUCAGCUGUGCUUGUGCUGCCUCUCAGUAGAUUUGAUCUUAAUCAAUCUGGAAAACUUGUUACUUUGGAUGUCCCUUUGCCUUUAAGAAACGCUGAUGGAUCGAUUGCCUCUGUAGGAAAAGAGUUAGGACUAGAGGAUGAAGAGGAAAAUUUUAAGCUGAAUUCGCUGUUGAAUAAUUUGGCAAACAAAAUGGAACUGUGGACAGUUGGUUAUGUUCGGCUAUUGAAACUAUUUAACGGAACAAAAUCAGACCAGUUCUCUUCCAUAGAGAAAUAUGAAUGGGUGCCAUUGAGUGUGGAAUUCGGGAUACCACUAUUUAGUCCAACGUUGUGCAAUAGUAUAUGUAGAAGGAUAGUUUCAUCUAAGAUACUUCAAUCUGGCUCAUUUGGCGAACACCAUGAUGCAAUGCAAAUCUUAAGGACAAAGUUACGUGACAUUUGUGAUGAGUACAAUUCAACAGGUCCAGCUGCAAAGCUUCUUUACAAGAAAGAGGAAGAUACUGAACAACCUAUGGACCAAGCUAGGGCAACAUGGAAUCCACUUAUUGAUAUUUCUCCCUCUUCAGGGGUGGUAUUGAGCGUGCGUCAGAGGUUAAAACUUGCUAACAAACAAAGCAGACAAAAUGAAGUGAUGUGCUGUGAUGGCAGUGUUCUUAGAUCAUACGCAUUAACUCUUCCUCAUGAAGCUGCCACGAGCCCAGUUAAAGAAACCCCUGAAGACAAUAAGACAGAACAUGAACCUGAACCAGAAGCAAAUGAUAGUAAAGAAGCAACCCUUCCUGGCGUUAAUCUUAUUUUUGAUGGUUCUAGGUUGCUUCCAUUUGAUGUAGGAGCUUGCCUUCAAGCUCGCCAACCUAUAUCCUUAGUAAUGGAGGCAGCUACUGCCUCAAAACAUGUACCAUACAAAUAG